AUGUAUACUGCAAGGCGCCAGGCGGAAGAGAAGUGCCGGGCCUUAGCUCCAGGUAAAGUUCCCUGGUCACCAAAAAUGCAGGGAUUCUGGGAUUGUAUGAGCCUGUGGAAGCUUCUGUUGAAAGGCAAGAAGGGUUGCCGUGUGAGUUCGCGCAAAGUUCGCCGGUUGAUGAAGAAGACAGAGUUGCCACAAGCUUGGGGGAAGCCAGAGGUCGAUCUGGAGGACUGCCUGAAGCAAGAGCGCUCCUUGUACAAGCAGGCCAAACACACCUAA